AUUCGCAAUAUGGCCGAGAGUUGUAUCUAAAUACGGAACAUAAUAAUUGUGCGCGAAUAUAUAAUUUCCCAUGCAAAUGAUACAUUGUUUAUUUUAAUGACUUAGUGAGUGAAGUGUCGCGGUAUGUUUCCCUUAACUCCACCGGUCGUGAAACGGCUGUUAGGGUGGAAAAAAGGCCCUGAGGGUUCAUCUGCUGCCGAAGAUAAAUGGUCUGAGAAGGCAGUAAAGAGUUUAGUUAAGAAAUUAAAGAAAAGCGGAGCUCUCGAAGAAUUGGAAAAGGCGAUAUCAAGCCAAAAUAGUCAUACGAAAUGCGUAACUAUUCCCAGAGUGAAACCUAACGAGAACGUGAUAAACGGACAGUACCGCAAAGGAUUGCCGCAUGUUGUCUAUUGCAGGCUGUGGCGUUGGCCGCAGCUACAGAGCCAGCAUGAGCUAAAGCCAGUGGACCACUGUGAAUACGCUUACCAGUUGAAGAAAGACGAGGUCUGCAUCAACCCUUAUCAUUACAAUAAAAUUGAUUCACCCGCAUUGCCCCCGAUCCUAGUGCCCCGGCACGGAGACAGCGAGGUCCGCGCGCCGCCGCCCUACACGGACUAUCACCAGCCGCAUCACGAACACACUGACACUGUGAUGCAGAGCGGCGGCGUGGUGGGCGUGGGCGCCCACAGCGCCAUGUACCUGGAGGCCACGCUCGCGCAGCAGGUGCCAGGCAACACCACCGUGCAUGUGAGUUCAUCAACGGUGGAGACACCUCCCCCGGGCUACAUCAGCGAGGACGGAGACCCGAUGGACCAUAACGACAACAUGAACUUAACCCGUCUAACCCCAUCCCCGCCGGGGCUAACAGCCGAAGCAGCCCCAGUCCUGUACCACGAGCCAGCGUUCUGGUGCAGCAUCAGCUACUACGAGCUCAACACGCGCGUGGGCGAGACCUUCCAUGCCUCGCAGCCCUCCAUCACCGUGGACGGCUUCACCGACCCCAGCAACAGCGAGAGGUUCUGCCUAGGCCUGUUGUCUAACGUGAAUCGUAACGAGGUGGUGGAACAAACUCGCAGACACAUCGGCAAAGGAGUCAGACUGUAUUAUAUUGGCGGAGAAGUAUUCGCAGAAUGCCUGAGCGACUCGUCGAUAUUCGUGCAGAGCCCCAACUGCAACCAGCGCUACGGAUGGCAUCCGGCCACCGUCUGCAAGAUACCACCAGGCUGCAACCUCAAGAUCUUCAACAACCAGGAAUUCGCGGCCCUGCUGUCGCAGUCGGUGUCGCAGGGCUUCGAGGCGGUGUUCCAGCUCACGCGCAUGUGUACUAUACGCAUGAGCUUCGUCAAGGGCUGGGGGGCCGAGUACAGACGUCAAACAGUGACAUCGACGCCGUGCUGGAUCGAGCUGCACCUGAACGGUCCGCUGCAGUGGCUCGACCGCGUCCUCACUCAGAUGGGCUCGCCCCGGCUGCCCUGCUCCUCCAUGUCCUAGACCCUCCACAGAGUAAAGAGAAAGAAGUUAUACUCACACACAAUGUACAGAGUUAGCUCAAAACAAUGAAUACCUCCUUUUUGAGUCGUAGGCUUAACGUGAAAGUACAUAAGUAUUCAUAGAUUUUAGCUUAUACUUGCAAAAAAAUAAGGUAUAUAAUGUGCACAGUCUAAAAAACUCCCAAAAAUAUUAUAAUUUAUAAAAAAUCGGAGCACAUGUUUGAAAAAUGCAUUAUUGCAUUGUGCAAAUCGCAUCGGUAAAAAUUUCUUUGUAUAUUGAUAAAAUAUUUCGCUUACAAACAUCCUAAUUGAGAAUUUCCUACCUUUCUCUGAAGUCUGUUAAAAUCUUGGAAAACUAAUCUUUGAUAAAUCUAUGAAUAUUUGUGUAGUCUUCGCACGCAAUAUUUGAUAAUAAACAAUACAUAUAAAAUAUAAAUGUUUUAAUAAAAUUAGAGUUUACCGUGCAAAGAGUAUUAUUUUUUCUCUUAGUAAAUAAAAACCUUAUUGAAGUUUUUCCAAUCGACUUUAUUGCGCUAAAUAGCGCAGGUUGCGCAAACUUUUGCGCUAAACAAGUAAUCGUAAAAAAAACGAUACUAACGUUUCAAUCACUUCAGAACGCCUUUGCGCUAAAUUACGCAGUUUGCGCAAACAUUGCGCUUAUUAUUUUGAAGGAAAAUAAAUACUUUUUGCACGGAACCAAUAUGUAAAACAAGUCUGUGAUUAAUUAUUGCGUAUUAUUGACGAACUUAUCACAAAAAAUACAAACAUUCAACCUCCUCCUUUUUGGGAAGUCGGUUAAAAAUAAACAGCUAUGUCAAAAUGUAUGAAAAAGUAAAAAAACAUCUCGAUGCAUACGGAAUUGAUGAUUUCCUCCCUUUUCUAAGUCGGUUAAAUAUUUUUUAAAAAUUAUUUCCUCAAUAAUACG